UGUUUGAAUCUUGUCCCAUUCAAAAAUCUGCCCAUAUAUAUAGAGACAGUCUUCACUCUUAAAACCAAACCAUCAUCGACCACUUUAAAAUUCUAAGCAUAAGAUUAAGAGAAAUCCGAUUUUGUAUCUAAGAUUCUCAAUUAAUAAGAAAGAAAAUGGCGUUUUGGUCUGCUGAGAAUGCUACUAAAGCUUAUCUUAGUACACUCAAAACGGAUCAAAGAACAAAAGAACCAAACGUGGCCGAAUUCAUAUCAGCUCUAGCCGCCGGCAAUAACGCUAAAAAGAUCACCGUAGCUUGCGCCGGAGCUGUAAACGCCGACAUACUUGUUGCCCUAAUCGCUGCGGCUCAUCAAACGCGCGGUCAAGUGGUAUGCGUUUUACGUGGCCUCGAAGAACUAAUCAUAUCCAAGAAAAUGUUGGAACCAUCAGAGAUACAUCAGAUACAUUUUGUAAUCGGAGAAUCUAACAACAACACUCUAAUUAAUGAUCAUUUCGGAGAAGCCGAUUUCGUUCUCGUCGAUUGUAACCUCGAGAACCACCAGGAGAUCGUUAGAAAGAUUGUUAAUCACCAUGAAGAAAACGCAAGAAACGGCGGUGGAAGCGGUGUGGCGGUUGUGGUGGGAUAUAACGCGUUUUCGAGAGGGUCGUGGAGGUUUAACGAUGGGAGGAAAACGCAGUUUCUGCCCAUAGGAGAAGGAUUGCUUUUGACGAGGGUCAACGAUAAUGGUAAUUAUAAUCAGAAGAUGACAAUGAUAAACAAGAACAAUCAUCAUCACCAUCAUGAGCAUGUGAGGAAGAGUCAUUGGGUGGUGAAGGUUGAUAAAUGCACAGGAGAGGAACAUGUGUUUAGGGUUAGGGUUCCACGAGGAGAAGCGAUUAUUGAAGCUUAAUUAAUUUAAAACUUCUAUAUUAUUGGGUACUUAAGAGCAAAAACCACCUCUGUGAUGGUUCAGACGAGUGAGAGUAGUAAGAAGAUUAGUUAUUUUGUAUGAGUAAUUAUAAAGAGUUUUGAUUGGUAUUGGAGUGUUUUGUAUGAAGGGUGAAAAAAGUCUUAUUAUUAAUUAAGGACUUUUCUGUAA